AUGGUUUUAGGAGUCCCCAAACGGCUUCCUCCAGGUUUCCCAUCAGCACAGGGAAAUGCAAACUUCAUGCAGGGUCAGACCCCUCCAAAUGUGGCCGGAUCACCAGUAAAUGGUGGAGCACUCCAACAGCAAGUAAAUGCAAGUGGUCAAAAAGCAGGUACGCAACAUCUCUGGAUAAAGUCCACCAUUUAUUUUCUUUUAUCUUCGUUGUAACCUUUCAAUAUAAAUACCAUUUGUUUUAUCAAAUUGUACUUUAUUUGCUUGUUCUGCUUUAUAAUUGGUGUGUGUGUGUAUUUAAUUAUUUUCAGGGCUAAAAUCUACAAAUUCUAUAUACCGUAUUUAUCGGCGUAUAACACGCACCUCAUUUUAAGAAAGAAAUUUCAGGAAAAAAAACCUUAAAUUUCAAAUAAAGAACUUCUUACCCCCUUCUUACUCCCCCCUCCCCCUCUUCUUACCCCCCUUUCUUACUCCCCCUUCCCCCUCUUCUUACCCACCUUUCUUACUCCCCCCUCUCCCUCUUCUUACUUCCCCUUCCCCCUUCCUUUCUUACUCCUCUUUCUACUCCCCGCUUUUCUUACUUCCUCCCCUCUUUCAUUCUCCCCUGCCUUUACCCCUUUCUUACUCCCCUCCCCUUCUUACUACUCCCCUUUUCUUACUCCCUCCCCUACUCCCCUCUCCCUCUUCUACCCCCCUUUUCUUACCCCUCCCUCUAUUUACCCACUUCCUACCCCCUCCUCUUUCUUACUUCCCCACUUUUAUUUCUUCAGCGCGGGUCGAAGCUGUUUCGUUGUUCGCUGUGUCAAGCCGAGGGGAUAGUGGAAGGUGCACGCUCAGUGUGCACCUUCCUGUGAGUCCGACCGGGUACAGGAAACAGAAACUCCUGUUCCACGCGGAACAGGAGUUUGUUUCCUGUACCCGGUCGGACUGACAGGAAGGUGCACACUGAGCGUGCACCUUCCUAUCACUCCGGCCGGCCACCGCGGACAGCAGAGCAGCUCGGCCACGCUACAGGGGAGGUGAGAACCAACUGCAGCCUCCUGACCGCUCUUGACAGAGCGCUCAGGCGGCUGCAGCAUUUAAAGGGCCGGCGUAUAACACGCACCCAUAAUUUGCCCCCUAUUUUCAGGGAGAAAAAGUGCCUGUUAUACGCCGAUAAAUACGGUAACUUGUUUUGUUUUUUGUUUGUUUUUUAAAUCUUUUUCGUGUUUUCUGUCGGAAAGAUGGAAUUAGGGUUUCAUUAGCCAACAUUAGAGCACAUCUGUAUGUCUUAAUAUAAACCAAGUACAAUAAGAUGAGUAGUGAGGUGUUGCAUAGCUUGCGGAUAUAACAUCUUGGUACGUUUUUGUGAUUUGUGUAUGUGUACUGUCUUUGCGUAUGAAGAGUAGGUACUGUGUGGAUAUGUAUUGACAUUUCUUGUUCUGUGUGUUUUUGCAAUAUUGUGUGUGGAGUAGUUAUUGCAGUGCUAUCGUGUGUGUGAAUGAAACUAAAAUCACUUACUCCGCCUGGCUUGUGGAAGCCAAUAGAAGAAAGAGAGGUAAAUAAUUUGGAAAUAUCCGAUGUGUGGCAGAUAACAGAGAUUAUCGGAAAAACAAAGUUAAAAUAUGUCCAUCUUGGAUGGUCCCACCAGUAAGCUUGAUAAAUUUGGUUUUAUCCACUCAUUAUGUAUGGUGUCUUUUUGUUCUACUUACUCUGAAUGGUGGUGAGGACACAUUCAGAUUUUGUUACAGAUAUUUUAAUUAUUAUUUAUGGCAUUCACAGUAUAAAAAAAAGUUUAGAAAAAGGUCUUUAUUGUAGCACCUUGCAAAUGAUAGGGAGAUGGUUUGGAUAAUUCUGUGUUUUACCCAUUGAUCAAAACCUGUAGUUAACUUCAUAUUUCUACCCACAUCAGAAAUGUUUUUUUUUAGAUAUUUUUCAGUAUGGGUUUCCUACAUAGGAAAUUAAUCAACAGAUUAUACCUAUUUAAUUAUUUUUGUGUCUUGCAGUUGGUCAACCAAAUGGUUCCUCACACAAUCAGAUGCAAGCAUCCCAUGGAGGUUCAAAUCUAAUGCAGACCAAUCUGAUGGGUCUUCACAGCAACAUGAAUAAUCCACAGGCCAGUGGAAGUGGUGUGAACCAGGUCAACAUUAGUGGGAUGCACUCACAGGGCCAGCAAGGACAACAAUCUCAGCUUAUGGGCAUGCACCAACAAAUCAUUUCCUCUCAAGGUCAAAUGGUUAGCCUUCAGGGGCAGGCUCCUCUUAAUUCGCAAGGCCAACUGGUACUCUCCCGAUCACAGCUUGUGCCUCAAGGACAGAUGAUGGGGACAUCUCAGAACCAGAACAUGGGCCAAGCACCCCAGAGGAUAACUCCUCCAAAGCAGAUGAUUCCUUCUCACAACCAAUUAAUGACAUCGCAAGGACAAGCUCUAAUGCCGCAAAACUCUGUAAUGGAGCAGAUUAUGCAGGGUGGUAAACAAGGAUUUAAUACCCAGAACCAGACAGGUGGGAUGGCAGGACCCAGCCAGAUUUUACGAGGACCAACCCCAAAUUUGCCUAGCAACAUGGUGCAGUACUCUGGACAGGCCUUGUCCCAGCAGGGAGCAAUCAGUGGUAACCCUACACAGGGGGUGAGCAUGCAAGGUCAUGUUCUCAGGCAGAUUGUGCCUGGACAACAUUUACAGCAGUCACUUGGAGAGGCUCCCAACCAAACCGGCAGUGAUUUAAACUCCAUGCUAUCGGACCUUCCUAUGCAGCAAACUGGCAACAUGGCAGCUCAACAUAUGCAGAACAUGCCAGGAAAUGGUGGACCCGGCCAGCACUUUGCAGGACAUGGGUUAUCUUUUGGCUCUCCGUUUUCUCAAGGUGCUAAUGGGAAUCAAAUGACUUGUGGACAGAAUCCUGGCUUUCCGGUCAACAAAGACGUCACGUUGACUAGUCCUUUGUUGGUGAACCUGCUGCAAAGUGACAUCUCAGCUGGGCAUUUCGGUGUCAACAGCAAGCAGAACAGCGGUGCCGCUAAACCAAAAAAGAAAAAGCCACCAAGGAAGAAGAAGAACCAGCAGGAGGAACAGAUGAGGUACAUGUCCAAUAUGGACUCAAAAUAGCAAAAUUAUAUUAGUUCAAAAAGAAUGCAGGAUAGAUUAUCAUAAUAAAAUAUAAUCUUUUUUUUAUUUGCAUGAUGCCAGUUGUUUGGUUUUGUAAAAUACUCACCACCACUUGACUUUAUGGGUCAUUCUAAGCACCAUAACUCCAUUGCAGUACUACAGUGCCUGGUGCGUAGAACAUCCAGAGUCCACUGUCUGAGAGUGGAUUAUAGAAGCAGCAAUUUGUAAUAUGAGAAACGGCACUGUAUGUAAACUGCUAGCAGUCUUCUAUAAAAUGUGUUGUACACUCAUCACGUAAAAUAGGGAAGGCACUUUCACCUACAUGCAUGUGCAGUUUGCAGCCUUCACAGAAGGGGUUGGGGAACUGGGUAUGAUGGCUUGAUUUUGGAGUCAGCUGCUCUACUUUGGUUCGAGGAUUGUCCACCUCCUCUCCUUGGUACAGACGACCAUGCCCAAGGUGCUAAGGCAUUAAAGAUAGGCAAGUAGACGAAUCUCAACUAGCAUGGAAGUACCACAGCAGAGUCAUAAGUCAUAAGCCAGGGAUCUCAGCCAAGCCAAAAACGGACUAUUUGUAUUUAAUUCAGAAAUUUAGAGGCGCUCCAGCGAAACGUGACUGCUCACCUUGGCAGUCAGGCUUCGCCUCCCAUUACUUUAAUUCUUUAAAUAACAAAUGCGUUAAAAAUAUAGGAACAGUUUUUAUAACCUAAUCAUUUAGCACUAAAUUUUGGAACUAUAAAUUUCCUGUAACCUAUUUGCAGCAGUCCUUUGCUCAUUCAUGUAGUUUAACAGGACUAGGAUUGGCUUGUAGAUUUCAGCCAUUGCUCUUAUUAAAAAGGAUGUGUGUGUGCAGUAACAGCAAGUCCUGGGGAUUUUUUUAUGAGGGAAAUUUAUUUAUUUAUUUAUUUAUUUUUUUAAAUUCAUGACUGGUUUUAGCAUGACAUGCAUAUAAAUAAAUAUAUGUCCGUGCUCAAUCAAUCUCUAAUGAAAUGUCAUGCUCAAUGAAGUAUUCGCUGAUGCCAUCCUGUCUGUCAUUUUAGUUCUACUGAGUCUCGCCUCGAUGAUAGCGAUCAGACUGGAAUAGCAGGAGAUCAAGGAGGAACUCUAGACGUUGGCCAGAAACUUUCAGAAUUUGCAAACAGGCCUCCAGGUAAGCCAAUCAAAGGGUAUAACUUUAGUAUUACCUCUUCUCACUUAUACAUGUCAGUAUGAUGGUGUUUGUACAGACCUAUACAUAUUAUUAUGAUAGUGUUUGUUUAGCCUCCUGGGUAUGGAGGAUAAUACUGGUACCACUCACAGCAUCGCUGUGUUCAUGUGGAGUAGCUAAUUUUGUUUUCUUCGUGUUGGGUUGGCAGGCUUCGACUUAGGAUGUUUGGGAUGAGCAUCACAGAGGGUAGGGGGUUGAAGCCAUUUGGUUCAGUUUUAGAUGGCAUUUGGACAUUAGCGGUUACAUUUUACAGUCAAGGGUAUGUAUGUUAUGAUGCAGCCACGUGUAUAUAAUUAAAGGGAAACUCCAGGCACAAACCUUACCCAUACCAUAGAAGUGCAUUUGUUUUUCUUAUCAAACCAUUCACAGGACAGUAAACAGUGCUAUAUGACAACUGCAGCUGAGAUACAGCUGUGUAGAUGGCCCUUACACAGGAAUAACAGUGGGUGGAGCUCCAAUCUGACAGAUAAUUGAAAAGUUAAACAAUAUGGUGCAUUAUUGUUGUCUUGUGUCUCUUAUCAAGCCAAACAAAUAUAGGUAGAGAUUGGGACUAAUUGUAGUCCCAAUCACAUAGUGAAAUGCUGAUCAUAAUUAUAAUGGUGACACACAGUAGCACUGUGACUAUAAAGACCACAUUGCCCCAUCGAUGUCCUCAGCCUCCCUCCCUGCUGGUAAAGUGAAAACUAUGGUUCUUCUUCAGUGUGUGGUUGGUUCUAUUAAGAGAUAGUUAUGAAUGAGAAGCAUUUUGUGGACCGUGUGACAUCAGUGCACUGGGGUGGAAGUGAGAUACAAGGACAGACAUGAUCUGAAUUCGGGGAGCGAAAAAAAAAAAAAAGCGCAGGGAAUGAUGACAUCACCCGAUCCCUAUUACCAUAGAGAAUCAUUGCUUCAUGCUGAUUCGAUUUGAAAUGGAAGCUAGUCACUUUAAAUUAUUUUAAUUAUAAUAAUCCUUUCAUCAAGUUUUAAAAGAAAUAUAUAUGCACAAAAAUGAGAGAAACUAAUUUAUGCCUUUAGUAUAUGAUGGUGUCCUUCAGCCUUAUACGUGCACCUUGGGUGAGACAGUGUUUGAAAACCAACAGUUAAUCUCUAUGGUCUUCCUAACGUCUGUGUAUGGAGUGAGUAGGAAAAACCACAAAGACUAACUGGUAGUUUGCAAACAUUGUCUGACCAGGGUGUACGUGGCUGAAGAAUCCUGUUCCAUACUAAAGGUAGGGAUACGUUAACUAAUUUAUUUAUUUUACAUAUAAUUCAUAAAAAUAAAUCUAUUUCCUUUCAUAACUUGAGUUAUGGUAAUAAAAUAAUAAUUUUAAAGUGACAGUUGUCCUUUCAAGGGACACUCCAGGCACCCAGACCACUUUUGCCCAUUGGAGUGGUCUGUGUGCCAACUCCCACUAAGUGUAAUUAUUGCAGUUUUCAUAAAUUGCAAUAUUUACCUUGCAGGGUUAAGUCCUCCUCUAGUGGCUGUCUAUCAGACAGCCACCAGAGGGACUUCCAUGUUCUUAGAACUCGAAAAGUGUGUUAUAUGACGCUGGAAGUCCUCACGCUGUGUAAGGACCUCCAGCGUUGCCGAAAUCCCCAUAGUAAAGCAUUAGGUCUCCUCUGCCAGCUGGCGGGUGAGGAGAGUAGGCGGAGCCUGACCAGCGCCGAGGGACAUUGGCGCUGGACGCCAGUAAGUCACUGAAGGGGUUUUAACCCCUUCAGCAACUUGGGAUGGGGGGUGGCAGGGAGAGGGGCACUACAGGGUCCUGCAGUGCCAGGAAACGAAUAUGUUUUCCUGGCACUGGAGAGUCCCUUUAAGGUGGAAAUGACAGGACUAGUAGCCAAGGAGGUACUAGUCUGUAGAAAAGUCAGAAAAAAAGUUUUUGACCUUAAAAGUUCAAAAAGUACCUUUAUUGUAUUAUAUUUUUAGAAUUUUAUAUAGAAAAGAAAAAAGAUUGGCUAAUUUUUGGACCAGAGUGUCUGUUACAAAUAAGGGGUUAAGGUUACGUGAGGAUUGAAAUGGAGUGUCUUUCGACACAUCCCUUGGAAGUUUAAGAUCCUCCACUGAGCUAAUCCCUGCCAUGCAGAGCUGACUCACGGGCUUAGCGUCAGCUGAGCACUCCUAACCAAUCAGAGAAUCUUAAAGCAGCUUUUUUUUUGUUUUUUCUUUAUUUUAAUUAAAAUACCCCCAUUGAACAAAAUGCAUAAUUAAAUUCAUCAAUAUUUUCAGUGAAGGUAUAGCAAUUUUUAUUUAUUUUUUGGUAUUUGAGCAGUGGUGUGUCCAAUUACAAUAUUGUAGCACGGGCAUUUUGUUUCCCUGUGUCCAUAAUGCCUGCUGUUUUCCGUCAUGUGGGAUUGUUACUGAUGGAUUGUGGGUAAAUUGGAGUUCUGCCCAUUGUCAAGUUUUGUCAGCUUGACUGCUAUAAAUAAGGAAACGUAGUCCCUACUUUUUUUUAAUGUAUUUUAGAACAACUAGAGCACUCGGGAAACAGAAUUGAAAUUCAGACACAUGGAGCCAUAUAGACGCCGAUUAGAUAAAAUUAAUGUUUGGUGACAGAGCCAUUUUAAACACUUUAAAUAUUUACUCUGGGAAGGCACUUCUGGCCCCAGAAGGCUGUAGUGGUUAUGGUGCCAGGAGUCUUUAAUGUAUUAUAAAGAUAAUUAAAAAUGCAAAGCAAAUUUUUUUUUUAAGAUUCUCAGAAUGAGUCUGUCUGCGGUUGCAAGUGUCUAGUUCCAUACCAAUUAGAAAUGAUACAAUUAAGAUGGUCCAGACUAUGGGGGCUCAUCUGGUCUCAAAACCUCUGUCCAGAAGGAGUUUCCGAGAUAAGUGGGUUAUCCCUACCUGUACUUCCAAUCGUCCUAUGUGUAUAAAUAUGAUAGCUGCUAUACCGCAGUUGCUUUCGGGCUACACACACAACAGGUUCACUUUACCAAAGCUGUUAAAUUAUUAUUAUUAUUAUUAUUAUUAUUAUUAUUAUUAUUAUUAUUAUUGCGAUUUAUAUAGGGCCAACAGAUUCCGCAGCGCUUUACAAUAUUAUUAGAGGGGGGAUUUGACUAUAAAUAGGACAAUUACAAGAAAACUUACAGAAACGAAGGGUUGAAGAGGGCCCUGCUCAACCGAGCUUACAGUCUAUAGGAGGUGGGGUAUAAAACAUAUUAGGACAUAAAUGUAGCCUGCACCUUGCUGGGCUGUGCAUUUUGGAAGAUCUAAUGUUGUGGAGUGUUUAGUAGACUGAGAUAAGGACUGAAUUACAUUCUCAAGGAAAAGAAAGGAGAUAAACUUAUGAAAGUGAGAAGAAUAGAGCAGAACAAUAGCCCUGGAAUGUCUGUCUUUUGUGUAGUAAAGCAGAAGAUGUAUACAAAUCUUAUUUGUUUUUUACUUGUGUGGCUUUGUUUCCACUGGCUUAUUCUCCAUUUUUGACUUUUUUAUUUUUAUUUUUUGUUGCAACUAUGAAGAUUGAGCCUGCAAAAAACUAACAAAACCACAGCAUAUUAAAGGGGUCAGAACAUUUCAGCUAGAGUUGUAUUGGUGCCUUGAGUGUCCCUUUAAACUUGUUUUGGUGCUUAGUGUAUCUUUAAAUGAACACACCCACGCACUAUAGCCAUUACAGACUGCUUGUGCUGUCACAGAAUAAUUUGGCUAUCUCUUAUAGAGAUGGUUUAAAAACUUACUUUGAUUGGUGCCUUCGAGCUCAGCUCUGCAAGAAGGAUCCAGUUAGCUCCACUAAAGUAAGCAGGGCUGUGCAAGACCACAUUCAGCUGAUGCUUUCAGCCAAUGAGUGCAGCCUUGUGUCAGGCCUGCUUAGCUCUUAGCACUAUCAUAGCUGGGUAGGAGUUAUGAUACCUGGAGUGUUCCUUUAAACUCUUGAGAUGGCUUCUUCCACAGAGUGGAAUCAUCUUUGUCUCUGCUUGGUAAUUUUACAUGUGCUGGGCUAAUGGCAGACAGUGUAAUGUUCCAUAUGUAGAGACCUGAUCUAAAUGCAAGAAACUGGUUUAAUAAAAGGUGAUGCCAGAUUAACAGGUACUCAUGGGAAUGUUUUGGUAAUAAAAAGAAAGUGUGUAAAACUCAGCUUUUCCCGUUACUCACUCUGCACCCAGCAGAAUGGCUAAUGUGACUACAAAGUGGUUUUAAUCCUCUUUUGUGCAACAGAUGCACAUCAAUUGCAUCAAUGUUUUGUGCUCACAAACAACCGAAUCUGAACACACUGCGAUUGUCUUAAGCUUUCUGCUCACAAUAGACCAAGUGUUGGCUCUUCUGUAUGUCCUUGUCUAAACUUUGUAGGCUUUGAGCAAUUACAAAUUAAUCUCCUCCUGCCCCUGGCUGCUUUGCAAGAAGCUGAAGGAAUCGAGGAAUCUUGCUUGGCUGAAAAAUUUAACAAAACCCUUCUACAUUCAGUGAUAUUUAUAUUAUUUUUAUAUUUUAUGUUAUUAUAAAGCUUGCAGAUAGAAAAUUGUUUAGUGAUUACUCCAAACAUAAGAUAAAUCUACAUGGUAAAUGUAUUUUAGUGGUUGUCAGUGCUGCUGUUGUUACAUACUUCUUAUCUUUAAACUUUAGUCCUAAUAUACGUUAUUUCAGGGCUCGACAAAUCCCAGGUGCCAUGGCGACUAGAAAUUUCGCCCUGGCACCUGGGAUUUGCAGCCCUUUAGCUAAAGCGGACGGUUGUGGGAACAAUGGAAUUGGGCGGCCGCCCUGGGCUGCGUGGGGGCGGUCAAGCUCAGGGAGCGUAGAGGCGGCAGGCUGGGGCAGCAUGCGAGGGAGCAGUGAUCUUCCUGCAGUUCAUUUCUGCUCCCUCGCACUGUAUAGUGAUGCUGGGAACUAGAAUUUGACGUCACUCCGGCCCCGGCAUCACUGCAGGGAGCAGAGAGUAGCUGCAGGAAGAUUCCUGCUCGCGAGCAGCCCCACUAGACCCUGGGGAAAGAGCCACUCAGCUUUCCCAAAGGUAGGGAGGCUGAGAGGAUUAAAAUGAAAAAUGUUGUGUGUUUGUGUGUCUGUCAGAGAGUGUGUGCCUAUUUAGAUACCUGCCACCCCACUCCGGUGUUUUUACUCACCCUUUUUCCCACGCUGUAUCGGUUUUGCCGCGGCUUAUCCUGCAUUCAUGGAUUAAAUUAUCAGUCUUUAUGAUCUCAGCUAAAACAAUGCUUUCCCGUAGGAAAGCAUUGUGAGGAUAUUGCGCAUGUUCUCUAUGGGUAAUAUUCAGCACCUCCAUGCAAAGUGUGAAGACGCUGAACAAAGGUGCAGCCACUGGCGUACAUACCGGUUGCGACUGCGACCGGGCCCAGCCGCCCUGCAGACCCCUGCGACUGGGUGCAAGCAACCACUUGUGUUCCUGAGCCGCGCGGCAAACUGCCGGGGCCGCAUGUUAAUGGGUCCAUCGGGUGGCCCAUGCUGUCAGGGUCAGCACUACAAGACCCCCUGUGAUAAGAUCAUCACUGCUGGGAGGAAGUGACUGCACGUCACUCCUCCCAGCUAACACACACAGCCCGUGCGGGAGGAAGAACAGGGAGUCAGAGUGGGAACUUUGUGUCUUUGUAUGUAUGUCUUGUGUGUGUGUGUGUGUGUCUGUCUGUAUGUAUGCGUGCCUCUGUUUUUCUGUAUGUAUGUGCCUGUAUGUAUGUAUGUCUGUUUGUGUCUGUAUGUGUGUGACUGUGCCUGUCUGUUUUUAUGUAUGUAUUUGUCUUUGUAUGUGUCUGUAUGUAUGUGUCUUGCCUGUCUGUAUGUGUCUUGUCUGUCUGUGUGCCUGUCUGUGUCGUGUGUGUGUGUGUGUGUAUGUAUGUGUGCCUGUCUGUUAGUGUCUGUAUGUGUGUGCCUGUCUGUGUGUGCCUGUCUGUGUCUCUGUGUCUGUAUGUGUGUGCCUGUCUGUCUGCAUGUGUGUGCCUGUCUGUCUGCAUGUGUGUGCCUGUCUGUCUGUAUGUGUGUGCCUGUCUGUUUUUAUGUAUGUGUGUCUGUAUGUAUGUGUCUUGUCUGUCUGUGUGCCUGUCUGUUUUCUAUGUAUGCAUGUGUGCCUGUCUGUGUGCCUGUCUGUUUUCUAUGUAUGCAUGUGUGCCUGUCUGUGCGCCUGUCUGUUUUUAUGUAUGUACGUGUGCCUGUCUGUAUGUGUGUGUGCCUGUCUGUGGUGUGUGUGUCUCUGUCUGGGGGGGGGGGGAAGAGGAAGGGGCCCGUGGAUCAGUUUCGCACUGGGGCCCCAUGGGUUAUGUGUACGCCACUGGGUGCAGCACUGACCCAGGGUUCUUUAGUGGCCGUCUGAGUGACUGUCUUUAGAGGUGUUACUAGGAAGCAAUGUAAAAACUGCCUUUUUUCUGUAAUAGGCUACAGGGACAGGCUAUAAGCACCAGAACAACUACAUUUAUCUGUAGUGGUUCUGGUGAUUAUUGUGUCCCUUUAAGAAUUGUAUAUUUAUCAUUGUAAAUUAAACUUUGCUAGUUUAAAAAAAAAUAAAAAAAAAAUAAAUACUGGCUCAUAACUUUAGCUGGCUCCUAGAUUCCAAACAAAUUUGUCAAGCCCUGCAUUUUGCUUUCUAUUCAUUUAUACUGAAUUAUUAAAAAAAAUAGCACCCUCUUAGAGGAUAUGGAAUUUUGCGUAAUGCAGUAAAAUGUUGAUUUAAAUCCCCCCUCUUGAAGUUCUGAGUUUGUUUAGCUGAUGAAUGCUCCUUGAUUAUUAACAAAACCAUUUUGUUUAUUUUCAGGUUACCCAGUGCAGUCACUUGAGCAGAGACCACUGCAACAGAUUCCUCCUCAGCUAAUGCAGCUGGGGCAACAACAGGGACAACUUGGCCAAGCUCAACCCCCCACUGCCCCUCAACAAAUGAUGAUGAUGUUGAUGAUGCAGCAGCAACAGCAGCAGCAGCAGCAGCAAGACCAGAAACCUGUGAGACUUCCUCUUCAACAAGGCAUGUUUAACCCCAGAUCCACUAUGAACCCAGAUGCACAGAGGAUGCCCAUGCAACAAGGAGCAAAUUUGCCUGUUAUGGUGAACUUACAAGGUUCUGGGUCUAUACCACCUUCACCCGACAAGCAAAGGAUGCCUAUAGCAGCCAGCAUGACUUUGGGAAAUAAUGGAAGGAAGAUAAGCUUCUCAGAUGCUGGGCAGAACCAGUCUGGGUCGCCCCUGGGUGAUGGUUCCUCAGCCUUACUCCCAGAUGUUCCAGAGCUUCCCUCUGCUCCAGGGGCACAAAACAAUAUUGCGUCCCAUUUACUCCUUUCACAGAACCAGCUGGUCAUGUCUGGCCCUAAGCCUGGCGCACCGUCUACAAUGUCGUUGGUACAAGGGGCAAGUCCCCAGCAGCAUGCCAGCGCUAUGAGUGGCUCUCAUGGACACCAUUUCCAAAGCAUACAGACUACGUCACAAACAUCCCGGCCAAAAACACCAAAUCGAGCAAGCCCAAGACCUUACUAUCCUCAGACUCCAAAUAAUCGACCACCUAGUACUGAGCCUUCAGAGAUUAGUUUGUCUCCAGAAAGACUCAAUGCCUCCAUUGCUGGCCUUUUCCCUCCUCAGAUAAAUAUACCAUUACCGCCCAGGCCCACAUUAAACAGAGGUUUUGAUCAGCAAGGCUUGAACCCAACUACCCUGAAAGCAAUCGGACAGGUACCUCCAGGGCUGUCUGUAAAUAACCAGUCUACUUUUGGUCAACAUGUAAACAAGAUGGAUAAUGGGGCAGGAAAACAGUCAAACACUGGGGGAAACAAGCGAGCCAGUCCAAGCAACAGCAGGCGAUCGAGCCCUGCAUCCAGUCGCAAAACCACACCAAGCCCUGGAAGGCAGAACUCUAAGACUACAAAGUUGGUUCUUGGAGCUCAGCAAAAUGUUGGACUUCUGCACAGCAUGGAAAUGCAAAGGAAUCUCUUAGCCAGUCAGACAUCAAUGCAGGCUUCUGCUCAUGGGUCUUCAAUUGGACAGUAUCUGCCUGCCAGUAUUUCUGCUUCUAACAACUCUGCAGAUGAUAUUAGAGAGAACCCACCCAUAAUGCAUGAGAGCGAUUUCCAGGCAACUCAGUCCAGUGGCAAGGAACAAGGCACAGUGGAUGUUAAAGCUGUUGUUCACCAAGAGAUGAAGAUGUCAUCACCUGAGGAGUCAGCCAAGGUCGAUCCCCAUUUAACUGAUGCCAGUAGGCCUCCUAUAGGUGAAGAAAACAAAAUGAUAUCACCAGCCAUGCGGGAAGCUCCAACUUCCUUGAGUCAGCUACUUGACCAUUCAAAUGCCUCUCAAUCUCACAAUUUCAGUACACUUCGUUCAUCCGCCCCCCAGCCUCACUUGUCCAGCGCCCCCCAGCCUCACUUGUCCAGCACCCACCAGCCACAAAAUGCAAGUGCCGCUAGCACUGAAUGUCCCCCUCUGCAAACAUCUACAGAAGACACAAUACCAGAACAUCCUGCACAAUUAGGUGAUACCUUAGGUAAGGAAGUUACUAGUGCAUUAUAUCCAUCCCAAGACAUGGAGACAGUCACAGCUCAAGGGAGACCAGAAACAUUGGAGCCCAACAACAUCUCCCCAAACCUCCCUGUCAACACGUUAAAAAGAACAGCUGGUCCCAUCUCAAAUUCCAGCUCUCUGCCCCAAAACCAGAUAACUGUAUUUGUUACAUCAAACCCAAUCACUCCUUCUGCCAAUGUAUCUGCCUCAAUGACAUCUCACCUUCAGCCAGCAUUGAUGCCUACGAUGGUGACCUUGCCGAAUGUCAGAAGCAAGGUCAUUGUGUCUGAGGGACAACAGACUGUUCAGUCCGGUGGGCACCCUCAAUUUAUCACUCCUGUUUUUUUUAAUUCUUCCUCUAUCAUCCAAGUCAUGAAAGGGUCUCCGCAAGGAAACCUGACUACAUCCACAAUGCCUCCCAAUACAAACAUAAUGCCUCAGUCUGUUGCUGUUGUGGGUCCCUUGCAUAUAUCCCAGAAUAUUCAGUUCUCUGCUGGACAUCCUUCCUCAACCAGUAAUACCUCCAGCACAUCUACCACUCGACCAGUCCUUUUUAAUCAGGUGCAAACUGCAAAUCAACUUGCGUCAUCUCCAGUAGCCGUUCCAACACCUCUUGCCUCCCUGCAUGGGAGAGAAUGCAGUUUAGAUGAGACGCAUUCUCAAAUGUCCACUCCUCCUGGCCAGGGGUCUCCAGCAUCUAUACAACCUGCACCAUCCCCAGCUUCUGAAAGUAGCCCAGGAUCUUUAUCUAGUAACAAGAGGAACUCUGCAGUGCCCUCCAAAGCACCAGGCAAAGUAGACAAGAUUGGUCAACGUUUGUUAAAUAGGGCAGGUAAUAAGGUCUCAGAUGGAACUGAAGAGCAGCUUCCUUUAGACCAAGAGAACUCAGACAUUUUUGGCACAGAAGGCAGCAGUACUGGUUUGUCUCCUCCUCUAGCAAGUCAGGCCAUUUCAGAGACUACAAGUACCACAGUAACGUCCUUGGAUCCUGCAUGUCCUGCAAGUAGCUCUCCUGCUAAUCUUAAUGCAUCUCCAUCUGUAACUCACUCUUCUCCAGAGAAUAAAGAAAGCACAAGUGUGUCCGUUGCUGAGCAAGUUGGUGUCAGCCUGGAAGAGAAGCCAACAGAACAGCCUGCAGGAACAAGUAGGAUAUAUUUCUUGCUGAACAAUUGUUCUUUUCUUUAUACUGCGUGGUUUGCAAUGUUCUGACCCUCUGUACAAAAUUUCUUGUUUCUGUCCUUUUAAAUGACUUUGGUUCUGUCUUUUUAUAAUUUGUCAAGAAGGUCAUGUUGCUAUAAGUAGAGUGCGUCGUUUAAACUCUUGGACUUAUUUAUGUUUUUUUUGUUUGUUUGUUUUGUAAAAGCCUUUCAAUAUUGUCUUCUGUUUUUUAAAGUUUCUUCCCAGUGCAGCACUCAGGAGGAAAGAUUACCGACCGGCAAGGACCGUGCCCCAGAAAAAACAGGUACAAACUCCCUACUCCCUCUUUAUUUCUUACUUUGCACCUGUCAUUUCUUUCAUCUGCUCUUGGAUUUAUGUGCCCUUUAUCCAUUCACUGCUCAUUUUCAAUAUUUUUUUUUCUUUCAGACCCUGACUCGCUAGAGAACGUAGAAAGGUAAGGAGUUAAGCUAUCUAUUCUGUCAGUUCAGUAUCGGAGGGAGUAGCAUUACAAGGGGUAAUAUAUUUUUGCCCCCACAUACCAAAUUAACCACAGCAUUUGUGUUGCAAUCCAAUGCCUAUAUAGGCGUUUGUGAAGGCAUACUUAGCCAAACCUUUUCUCGUUCAUCUUGGCUGUUAGACCCUUUAUCUGGCUGGUAGCUAGUGGAACUGUGCACGAGCGUCAUCUUUACAUUAUUUUGCACAAUGGUUUUUAUGAUACUCAGCUAACAUAGAGACUUGUGUGAAAUGUAGAUCCUAAAUAUGUGCAUUUUGAACCAAUGCAAUAUUGGUGUCUCUUGAAUGGCUGAUUUUCGUAUAUGUCAUACAGCACACAAUUCCCAGGCUUAUUUAUUAAAAUGUGAAUUGUUUUUAUUUUAAUUAAAUUUUUUUGCCAAUUAAAUCUGAAUGGAAAAUCUGAGGCAAAUUUAGGUGGUCGGAAGAACUUCUGCAACUCUGCCAUAGUCACAAUUUGGCUGUUUGUGCUUCUGUUUUGCCAUUUGGAUUUAAUUCAUGAAAAUUGUGACUUUAUUUAAAAACCCUGGCAUUGGAAUAAAAAAAAAUGAUGUAAGGAUAUCUUAUCUGAUCUGUAAAUGUCAUUGUUUUUUCCAGCGAAAUAGCAGAGAGGUCCAGGCCCCCAAGCAGAAGGAAUUCUAAAAUAGAGGAGUCUACUGCACCUCCAGAAGCAUUAGAAAGUGGCCAGCGUAAACGCUCCGCUCGACCUGGUUCAGCUUCUAGCUCUGCAAAAGGUGAGUGUUUAUUUUAUUCUAGGAAUGUGCAUUGUAUGUAAUUUUACACUCAACUCAAAUUACAUAAUUUUAUUUUUAUUUGUGGGAAAGUUAUAAAACGUAAUCUUUUUGUAAUGUUAAAAUUUAUUGGAAUUUUUGAAGAAUAAAAAUUGAAUAGAUUAAGAAACAUUCCAAGCACCAUAACCACUACAGUGUGAUGUAGUGGUUAUGGUGCCAACAGUGCUCUGGUGCCCCAGUGUAAUACUUACUUGGGUCUGCCAGGCACCACUUACUAUCUCCACUGCAGAUGCCACUUGGCCAUGAGCUUAGGCCCGCUGUGCUAAAUGGCAGAUAAUUGACCAAUGAGACUGCAGGGGCAUGAUCUAUAUACCAAAACUGUUUCAUUAAGCUAAAGUUAUUUUGGUGACAUUUAAGAUAACAGAAUAUUGUUGCAGGUCCAGGCCUUACAACUUAUUUACUCUAAGUGUAUUUGCAGGCCACUUAUGGUUAUUGUAAGUCUAGGACUGCCUCAGGUUUCUUGGAAAAAACACAGUCUAUAUACAUUUGUUCUAGUUGACUGCUUAUUACAGGGAACCUCUAGUCCCGAAAAUAACAAUGGUGUUUUUUGGUACUAAAGGUUCUCUUCUAUUGCGGUCAGCACUGUCCACCCCACCAUUGAUGAUUUAAAAAAAAAAAAAAGUUUAAUAAAGAUUUCUUAAUCUUGUUUCCAUCUUCCUUGAAGUCUUCCAAUCCAGUACUUCUCCUAGAAUGGCAUUGGAUUGGAGAAAGGCACUUGCAACCAAAUGCAGCAUUUGAUUGCAGGAUCGAUUGUUACUCUGUUCUGGAGGAGGAAGUGCCUGUAGUGGCCAUCAGGAAGACCGCCACUAGAGGUAAUUUAACUCUGCAAUAUAAGUACAUUGCAGGGUUCAAACUACAGGUCCUCUGCACUCAGACUCUACUUGAUUGAGAGGAAGUGGUCUUGGUGACUUUAGUUGUCCUCUAUGUGUCUUGUCUAUGUCUCUACAUAAGUCAGUUGUGAAAUCAGAUCUUUUAAAACGUAAAUAAAAUUAGGGACUGUGUGCUAUGGUUUGCUAAUAGUCCUUUUUUAUACAACCUCUAGGUUCACGUUUGCAUUGCUUUGCACUAAAAAAAAUUAUCUCUAUAGUUUAAUACGUUUCUGCUUUCCUUACAGAAUCUGGAGCCAGCCCUACACAGGCCAAGCGGAGGAAAUCCAAGUAGAAUUAUUUUUUUCCGUACCUUCUGAACCAGGGUUGUCCAAUCCAUCAACCAGCUGUUGUUGCAGACUUCCCUGCUGUGAAAGAUCUGUAUAUGUGUGUGCGCUGUGAUAGAUUUCUAUUUUUUUAUCAAUGGGAGGCUGAAAUGGAUGUACAUUAUUUUUUUUUGUUCCUGUGAAGAAGUCCUAAUUUAAACAAAUAAUAAUAAUUAUUCAACUUUUCUUUUUUUUUUUUUUUUUCUUUCAUAUUGAUGAUUGACUCGUUAAAACUUUUAGUUAAAGAAAAUCAUUGUAUUGUGUUGGUAACCCUCUGUCUGUCUCAAAGGGUCCUACCACAGGGGCAAUUACAAGAUUUAGAGCAGGAUAGGCAGUGAUUGUAAAUACAACUGCCUCGUUGUCUGUCCUUGGGCUGGCAGUGCCCGGCUGAUGAGGUUUAAAUUAGCACCUGUCUUAUUUUGUCAUUUCUUUUCAAAGCAGACUGUAUACUCCAUUCUCAGAAACAGGACAGAAAGUGCACCAUUUUUCUUUUUUAAAUUUUAAUAAUGUGAAGUAAUUUUUAGAAAUGUUAUUGUUUUGUUUCUUCUCAACUGUUUGCAACUACAGUGAAAAAGUACAAAAGAAUUAAAAUUGAAGUGUCCUACACUAAAUUCACCUUUCGUAAAAAUAAUCACGUUUUGUAUAAGUUAGAAGCAAAGUUUGAAAUCGGGUAUUGUGCACAGUGUCCGGGCAUUUUCUAUGAUGUGUGAAGGCUUCCUGGCAAAGUGUGAAAUAAUAAUGUAAAAUAGAUUUUGAAAAUUGAACCCUUAACUUUAAAUGACCAUAUUUCGGUUUCAGUAGUCUUUGUUUUCAUACUUUGCCUCAAUGUAUUCAGACAUGUCAUAGAAUAGCUAGGCAAAAUAUUGAAUAUAUAUAUAUUUAUACACAAGUAUCCCACACCUUCUUUUUGAUGAGAAUCAUGAGCUAUACAGACUCCACUUAUUUUGUGUUGUUAAAGUACUGUAUUUAUAAAGCAAAGACUUUACUAAGGCAGCAGCCAGGAGAUUUAAAUGUUGUAAAUAUUUUUAACAAUCAUAUGGUUAAUUUGUUGUAGAAUUGGACCAGUGGACACAAUGUUUGUAACAAAUAUAUGGAUGUUUUAAAAUAAAUGUCUUUUUUUUUUUUUCUAUUGGACGUUGGCGUAUUGUUUCUUGGCGUCAAGUGAAACUCUGUUGGUUAUAGUUUUGCGUUAUUUAGUCCAGUGUCUGGAGUUUAAUCAGUAUGAUGUGCCUGCUUCAACCAUUGUGGAUCCACUAAAAUAGCAUGGUGAUCCAAGGGUUAAACACGGCUUUAGAAGUAGUCCGGUUAAACUCAAAAUAGGUUCAUGUAACUUGGAACAUACUACUGCAGUAAGUUAUGUUUUACACAGUAGUAUUGCUUAUAAAUAAUAAACUACCG